ACAGGCUCUGUACCGCUCGGUGGUCGCUACCUUUGCAUUAGUAGAGCUCCCUCCUUAGCUGCCAUGUCUUCCAUCUUGCAGCCAUUCACCGUCACCGAGGGGCCCUGCGAGCUAUCGCGGACCGGGGGUCAUGGAAGCAGGCGUGGGGACACUAGAUCGCUGGCCGCUGCAGCUCCAGGAGGAGGGCAGGGGAAGAUCACACACCCUGGCAAGGCAAUCAUGGCUGGUGGAAUUGCAGGGGGAAUUGAAAUCUGCAUCACGUUCCCUACAGAAUAUGUCAAGACUCAGCUUCAGUUAGAUGAGAAAGCCAAUCCACCCCGCUACAGAGGAAUAGGUCACUGUGUCAAGCUUACUGUAAAGGAUCAUGGAGUCGGAGGCUUGUAUCGAGGUCUUAGCUCAUUACUGUAUGGAUCCAUCCCCAAGUCUGCAGUAAGGUUUGGUACAUUUGAGUUCCUGAGUAAUAUUGCAAGGAGUGAUUCUAGAAAAUUGGAUGGAAAAACCAGUUUCAUGUGUGGUUUAGGGGCAGGUGUGGCAGAGGCUAUUCUUAUCGUCUGUCCAAUGGAAACUAUCAAGGUAAAAUUCAUCCAUGACCAGGCCUCAUCUACGCCAAAGUAUCGUGGGUUCUACCAUGGAGUACGGGAGAUUAUUCGAGAGCAAGGAUUACGUGGUACAUAUCAAGGGCUGACCCCAACCAUUCUAAAGCAAGGUUCCAACCAGGCAAUCCGGUUCUUUGUUAUGACCUCUCUACGUAACUGGUAUUUAGGUGAUGAUCCACACAAAACAAUUAAUCCCCUUAUCACUGGGACCUUCGGGGCCAUUGCCGGGGCUGCUAGUGUCUUUGGAAAUACACCUCUAGAUGUUAUUAAGACCAGAAUGCAGGGCUUAGAAGCUCAUAAAUAUAAGAGCACACUUGACUGUGCAAGCCAAAUCCUACGCAACGAGGGUCCUUCAGCGUUCUACAAGGGAACCAUUCCUCGCUUGGGCAGAGUGUGUCUGGAUGUUGCCAUUGUGUUUGUUAUAUAUGAAGAAGUAGUUAAAGUCCUAAACAGAGUCUGGCAUACAUCUUAACCUCAUCUCCUACUUGAAAUUUAAACUGUUUCUCGGCCUCGCAAAGAGUCUGUAGUGUCUUAAUUCUAUGUGUAUACGUCUUCUUCUCCGUCAGUGUAUUGUGCUUCUUAGUUAAACUGUACACAACAAAAGAUACCUAAUGUAUUAGGUACAUCAUAUCAUAUGCCAAAAUAUGCAUUGUUUGGACUUGCCUUAAUUUUGUCAGUAA